AUGGAUAGCGGGAGCCUACCGACUCUCAGCUACCGCUCUAGCGAUGGCAACGAAGAUGGAUCUAAGGAAUCGAACAAGACCGCUGUACGGCACACCAGAGGCGCGAAAAGGAUCCUGAAAGAGUGGUUCAGCUCACACUCGGAAUAUCCAUAUCCGUCAGAGGGCGAAAAGGCAAUGCUGAGGCAGCAGACUGGCCUCAGCCGGCGCCAGAUUACGUACUGGUUCACAAAUGCGCGUCGCCGAGGUGUGCGGGAUCAAGCAGAUCUUCCGUGUGCGAGGUCUGCGCCGGCUGUCGCUAUUCCUGACGCUGCAAAAGAAUUGGGGAAUAUGGAUCCUCUGAGUCGCUGGCGACACACUCCGCCUGAUGAGGACGGCACAUCUCUGGAUGCCAUCAUACAGGCGAUCGAGAGCGGCGCCCACGCAAACUUGGAUCCAGAGUCCGGCCUCGCUGCCACUGCUCCGCCAACAGCGCCGGCCAGUUCGUUUGGAUCGUCAGGAUCGUGUCCGUCCAGCCAUUCUGGCGCGCGUUCAUACAGCUCUGGAUCUGCGGUAAGCACUGCCAGCCGCCGCCGGCGAGGGCGGCGUCGGCAGAAGCUGCAGCUACGCCAGUCGGAGCCGGAGGACGCUGCAAGCCGAAUUUACCAGUGUACCUUUUGCACCGACUCGUUCAAGUCCAAGUAUGACUGGACAAGGCAUGAGGGCACUUUGCACCUCGCGUUGGAUAAGUGGACAUGCCUCCCGUUCGGCCCACGACACUUGGACGAUACGGCCAAGGCAAGAUGCGCCUUCUGCGACAUCGAGGAUCCGUCUGACGUGCACCUCCAAUCUCACGAGCCCGGCAAAUGUAUGGUCAAGCCACUUGAUGCUAGAGUGUUCUACCGCAAAGAUCACUUGAGACAGCAUGUCCGUACCGCACAUGGCGUCACUGAGAUGCCGCGGUCCAUGGAUGGCUGGCGAUCCAAGAUCGUAAAGGUCAAUUCGCGCUGCGGCUUUUGCGGAUCUACCUUUACUACGUGGCCCGAACGUAACGAUCAUUUGGCCGACCAUUUCCAGUCUGGUGCUCUCAUGAAGGAUUGGAAAGGCUGUCGUGGUCUGGAUCCUGCCAUCGCACUCAUGGUCGAGAACGCUAUGCCUCCAUAUCUAAUUGGCAUUGAGUCCAACAAUCCAGAGCCUUUCAGCGCCACGACAUCAAGGAAUCCGUAUGGGUCUCGCCCCGACUACCCAGUGGCGCCGACGCACUUUGAGACUCUAAUUGCCCAACUGGGCGACUACGUCCGGCGCGUGUUGCAAACCAACGUCGUGCUAUCUGAUGAUGUGCUGCGAAGACAAGCUCGCCUUAUCAUGUUCGGCGACGAUGACCCUUGGAAUCAAACUCCUGCCGAUAACUCCGAGUGGUUGGGCAUGUUCAAGAAAGGAUAUGGCUUGGUAGCAUCUCCG